AGGAGACAGACGGCACUGUAAUCAGUCGAGGUUCGUCCAGUGCACAGGAAAGGUGUUCUGCCACAAGCACAACAAUGGCAAAGACAGUCACGCUGAGCUGCGGAGGUCGCAUGCCUCUUAUCGGGCUGGGAUGCUGGCAGUCCCCCCCGGACCAGGUGACGAACGCGGUGGAGGCGGCGCUGGACGCCGGCUACCGCCACAUCGACACCGCCUACAACUACCUCAACGAGGAGGCCGUCGGCGCCGGCAUCCGCAAGUGGCUCGAGAAGACAGGCAAGAGCAGGGGCGAGAUCUUCGUCGUGACCAAGCUUCCCAUGAUCGGGAUGAACGAAGGAGGCGUGGAGAAGUUCCUGAAGAAGUCCCUGGAGAAGUUGCAGCUGGGCUACGUGGACCUCUACCUCGUCCACGGGCCCGUCGGCGUGAUUGGCAAAGACGACAACGAUGUCUUCCCGGUGGUCGAUGGGAAGCUGAACGUGGAUUUCGGAACAGACCUUAUCGCCGUCUGGAAGGAAAUGGAGAAGAUGAAGACGCUCGGCCUGGCCAAGUCCAUCGGCGUCUCCAACUUCUCCAUCAAGCAGCUGAGGAAGAUCUGCGCCAUUGCAAAGAUUCCUCCGUCCGUGCAGCAGGUUGAGUUGCACGCUCACUUCCAGCAGCACGACAUGCAAGAGUUCUGCAAGAGCCACAACAUCGCCAUCACCGCCUACGCUCCCCUGGGCUCCCCCGGCCGCAAGAACAUUCCUGCGCUGAGCGGCGGCUAUAUACCGACGUUGCUGGAGGACCCCGUGGUGCAGCUGGUGGCGGAGAGGCAGGGCGUGACGGCGGCGCAGGUCCUCCUCCGCUUCCUGGUCCAGCAGGGCCUCAUCGCCAUCCCCAAGUCCGUCACGCCCUCGCGCAUCGCCGCCAACUACGACGUGUGGAACUUCACGCUGACGGACACCGAGAUGGCCGCCCUCAGGAGCCUUGACAAAGGGCCCUCCGGUCGCUCCUUCAUCUUCGCCAACCGCCCUGGGUUGGUAGAUCACCCGGAAUGCCACAUUUAGAAAUGUCCGAAUGGCUGCAGUCAUCAGUUCAUACUGCCUGUCAAAAUAUAAAGAGUUUUGUCCUCAUUCCACUCACCUCUUCCAUUCGCUGCCCUCGCACGCGCCCGCCCGAUUUUGAUCAGAAGAAAAAUUGUUCCAAUAUCUAUACAUGCAUGUAUACAUACAUAAUAUACAAAUACAUACA